AUGCAAUUUAUGAGCCAGUCGAUGGGCUGGGCGGACAACUUCAUACUGGCAAUGGCUCCCCUAGGCAUAAUCACUGUUAUUGUCAGUGCCAUCAGAGUCAGUGGCCCUUCAUGGCUCAGAGCCAUCAUCGGAAGAUCCAGGGAGAACCUCGCCGUCGCCGAAGCGGAACUGAUGUCAUCCACAUCGAAAGAAGUCUGUGAGGUCUGGAAUGGCCACGGGGUGGUAAGAUGUAUGGGAUUAUCCCCGGUUUCUGAGUUUAUAUGCUUGAUAUCCACGGAUACGCCGAGCACUGGAAAUGGUCGAUCGGUCGAUACAACAGUAGGGGCUGUCAGCGUGGGUAAAGCGGUGGAAAGGGGUUAUCUUGAGGAGUUUGGUUAGUAAUCUCAUUCUCCUCCAGCAGACUCAUACUCACCUCUUCAUCAGAGACGAACCUCUGGGACGGCAUCAAACACAUGAUUCAUCGGAAACACUCUCCCGGUGACUUGAAUGCGGAGCAAGGGCAAGGAACACGCGAUCCUUCGGCGCCCCAGAUUAUCAUCGCAAGGAAUAUGGUGGCCGAUGCGCCAAACAUUGCGCUCAAUUCCCACAACCAGCUAGGAAGAGGAGAAUUACUUGUGGUUGCGGUCAUCGGGACCAUCCUACAGCUGGGGGUCCUCACGUAUUCUGGGUUCGCCACCUACUACCCGUCACUGAGACUUGCCAAGGACGGACGCCCCGUUGCAGAUUAUGCGUUUCCCUGCACUGCAGCCGGGACACUUACGUUGGUGGCUGGGAUGUUGAUAUGUUCCCAUGUUGUUGAGAGCAGCACCGAAGAGAAGCGAUAUAAACCAGGGCGGGGGAAGGAAAUCCGAAUGGUUUGGCUGCAGAGGGCCGAAACUGUGAGCGACCAGGUCUUCAAUUCUUUUGCGGUAUUUGCCUCGGAUAAGCGAGCUCUCAUUACGACGUCCCACCGAGUGCCCGAAGAAAGUCGUCAAGGUACCAUUUUAGCAUUGAAAACUGUCCUCGGCGCGGUAGUCGGUCUCUGCGGGUUCGUCGUGCAGUUUAUCGGCUUGCGCGGGAUGCACUGGUCUGCCUCGGUCGCUCAACUUGGGGCAGUCCUCUUAAUGACUGGCCUCAGGGCGUGGGUUCGUCGUGGGCUAGCGGAACCUCCUCGAUACCAUCCCCUCUCUCGGGGAUUCGAGCUUGAAUGGUUUGCGAUAACGCUGGGGGAUCUUGACAAUGCACCCUGGUGGGAUCCCCCAGAGCCCGAGUCGAAAGUUAAAAACUGCAAAAACAGCAACUGGGGGAUCAUGACCGGCGGAAGUCCUGAGAUACAUGAGAAACUGCGACAGACAAGCAAGAAUGGCACAUCGAAGGCGUAUACGGUCAUGAAGAUAAGGAGAGAUCUUGGGCAGCUGUAUGAUUGGCGAGGUCCCGCAUCAGCAGAGGCUAUCUCCCUUGCAAGGGCAAUCGAGGUCACGAUGAAUGCUCUAUUUAGCUCUUCUCCCACUGCUAGCUUUGUGUGGUCCCUUAAAGCCCACUCUGCCGAAUCAAACGCCCAGUCAGUCAACCUUCAUUUGAAACAACAAAAUGGAAGCUGGAAAGCAUCCGCGGAAGAGAUCGAGGCAGCGCUAUCGUUGUGGCUCUUUUCCGUCAGCGAUCAAGAGCAGGGCCAGAAUCGGCAAGUGUCUCCGGGAACUCCACGUUCCGAAGACGACGCGCGGUUCCGCGCCAAAAGAUCGCCCGCAAAGCGUAGCCUGCGACUUCUUGGCUCAUAUACGCAGAGGCUCCGUCGACACCUCCAGUUGCUUAUGCCUGAUGGCGCGGCCCGAGUAAUAAAAGUGCAGAUGACGGCACAGCUCGAUGACAGCAGCAGAAUUCAAGUGGAGCCUCAUAGGGUUGUCGGAUCCGGCUAUAGCGCAACUCAUCAUCCUGUCGGAUACAGGAUCUGGAAGUCAUCACCGACCCCACCAAAGGAUAAAUUGGACAAGCACGUUGGUGAGGGAGAAGCCAGGAAUGUAUUUUUGGCGACUGAGUCGCAUGACCCCUUGAAUUUGUUAUAUGCCCAAGACAUGUUCUCGGCUUUUAUGUGGGCUGUGGCGAAGACACUGACGCAUCCCAUCGAGGGCGCCGACAUACAACCUAAUGACACUCGCGGCGUUGACGCCUGGCGAUCCUUUACGCUCCGUAUUGAUUCUCUGUCGAAGAUGGCUCGGGAAAUACAGAGCACUGGACUUGGAAAUCUAGAAGAUGUCUACCUGAGCAUCAUCCCGCCACUGAGUGUUGAGCACAAGCUUCUGCAGUCAGACACGAUCAUUGACUUGGCACGAGAACAUGCGAGGCGACAGGAGAAGCUAGGGCAUUGGACGGAGGCCGGCCUCGUAUAUUUGUGGCUCUUUCAAACAGUAAAGAUAUUCCCUGAACAGAGUCGCAUUGCCACGAGGGCUACGGCCGAGUUGACGGAAUAUCUGAGAAUGGUCACUGCAGUCAUCGAAUUGAGGGAGGCGCAACAAUAUGAGGAGAGAGAUAUACGGGACCUGAAGGAGCUGAAAUCGAAGCUUGAUGAGAAGCUGGAAACUGCCGACCGGGCCAUCCUGUCGAGCCUCAUUAGGCUAUACGAGGCACAGGGUCGUCCCUGGAAUGGCGACCUUGUAGGACUCGGAUCUGCUGAAGACACAAUUUACUCUAAAGUGUUCAACUUCAAGGAGCUGCACAGACUCGCUCAAUCCAGCGACUGGAAGGGUACCGAAGCGAUCACAAGGGCUUUACGAGAUGGAGAGGAUGUGAAUGUGACGGAUAUUUGCAAUUGGACGCCUCUCCAUUACGCCGCAGCGAAGGGAUCCACAGAGACCGCCGUUGAACUACUGAAGCGCCGAGCCGAUGUAAACGCCCGAAAUCUUCUCGAAUGGACACCACUGCAUUACGCCUGCCAGGCCGGCAAGGCUCGAAUCGUGCGGAACCCCAUCCGCGAAGGCGCAGAUCUUGAUGUGCACGGCAGAGAUGGAUUAGCGCCACUGCACUGUGCAACAAUGAAUGGCCAUCUCGAAGUGGUCAAGCGGUUGAUCGAAGCGGGAGCAGCUCUUGACGUUCUGGACACAUCCGGAAACACACCGCUAUUCUGGGCUGCAUACAAGGGACAUCGGGGCAUCGUCGGAUAUCUGUGGCAAGAUGCAAAUAAAAAGCUGCGAGACCACAACGGCAGGACUGCCUUGCAUCUAGCAGCGAUAGCGGGAAGGGCAGAAGUAGUCUCACAGCUCGUUGAGCUGGGCGCUGACAAGGAGGCCAAAUCCCGCGCUGGCCAGACGCCGCUGCACUUUGCCGCCUCCGAACUCGUCGCGAGGCUGCUUGUUGAGCUAGGUGCCGAUAAGGAGGCUCAGGACCACACCCGCCAGACGCCGCUGCACUUUGCCUCAGCGACCGGGCAUGAAGGUGUCGCGAGGCUGCUUGUUGAGCUAGGUGCUGAUAAGGAGGCUUAG